AUGAGCCAGCCCAGGCCCCGCUACGUGGUAGACAGAGCCGCGUACUCUCUCACCCUCUUUGAUGAUGAGUUUGAGAAGAAGGACCGGACAUACCCACUGGGAGAGAAACUUCGCAAUGCCUUCAGGUGUUCCUCAGCCAAGAUCAAAGCCGUGGUGUUUGGGCUGCUCCCCGUGCUCUCCUGGCUCCCCAAGUACAAGAUCAAAGACUACUUCAUCCCCGACCUGCUGGGUGGACUCAGCGGUGGAUGCAUCCAGGUCCCACAAGGCAUGGCAUUUGCUCUGCUGGCCAACCUUCCUGCAGUCAACGGCCUCUACUCCUCCUUCUUCCCCCUCCUCACCUACUUCUUCCUGGGGGGCAUACACCAGAUGGUGCCAGGUACCUUUGCCGUUAUCAGCAUCCUGGUGGGUAACAUCUGUCUGCAGCUGGCCCCAGAGUCGAAAUUCUGGGUCUACAACAAUGUCACCAACAAGACCUACGUGGACACGGCAGCCAUGGAGGCUGAGAGGCUGCACGUGUCAGCAACACUGGCCUGCUUGACUGCCAUCAUCCAGAUGGGCCUGGGCUUCGUGCAGUUCGGCUUUGUGGCCAUCUACCUCUCCGAGUCCUUCAUCCGGGGCUUCAUGACGGCAGCCGGCCUGCAGAUACUGAUCUCGGUGCUCAAGUACAUCUUUGGACUGACCAUCCCUUCCUACGCGGGCCCAGGGUCCAUCGUCUUUACCUUCAUUGACAUUUGCAAAAACCUCCCCCACACCAACAUCGCCUCGCUCAUCUUCGCCCUCAUCAGUGGCAUCUUCCUGGUGCUGGUGAAGGAGCUCAAUGCCCGCUACAUGCACAAGAUCCGCUUCCCCAUCCCUACAGAGAUGAUUGUGGUGGUGGUGGCAACAGCUAUCUCUGGGGGCUGUAAGAUGCCCAGAAAGUAUCACAUGCAGAUCGUUGGAGAGAUCCAACAAGGGUUCCCCACUCCUGUGUCACCUGUGGUUUCGCAGUGGAAGGACAUGAUAGGCACGGCCUUCUCGCUGGCCAUCGUGGGCUAUGUCAUCAACCUGGCUAUGGGCCGGACCCUGGCCACCAAGCACGGCUAUGACGUGGAUUCUAACCAGGAGAUGAUCGCCCUGGGCUGCAGCAACUUCUUUGGCUCCUUCUUUAAAAUCCAUGUCAUUUGCUGUGCUCUCUCUGUCACUCUGGCUGUGGAUGGAGCUGGAGGAAAAUCCCAGGUGGCAAGCCUGUGUGUUUCCCUAGUAGUGAUGAUCACCAUGCUGGCCCUGGGGUCCUAUCUAUACCCUCUCCCCAAGUCUGUGCUAGGAGCCCUGAUCGCUGUCAACCUCAAGAACUCCCUCAAGCAACUCGCUGACCCCUAUUACCUGUGGAAGAAGAGCAGGCUGGACUGUUGUGUCUGGAUGGUGAGCUUCCUCUCCUCGUUCUUUCUGAGCCUGCCCUACGGUGUGGCCGUGGGCGUCGCCUUCUCCGCCCUGGUUGUGGUCUUCCAGACUCAGUUUCGAAAUGGCUAUGCUUUGGCCCAGGUCAUGGACACUGACAUUUAUGUGAAUCCUAAGGCCUAUAAUCGGGUCCAGGAAAUCGAAGGGGUUAAGAUUGUCACUUACUGCUCCCCUCUCUACUUUGCCAAUUCAGAGAUCUUCAGGCAAAAGGUCAUUGCCAAGACAGGUGUGGACCCCCAGAAAGUACUGCUGGCCAAGCAAAAAUACCUCAGGAAGCAGGAGAAGGGGAGACUGAUGCCCACACAGCAGAGGAAGUCUCUGUUUAUGAAAACCAAGACUGUCUCCCUGCAGGAGCUCCAGCAAGACUUUGAGAACGCCACCCCAACGGACCCCAACAACAACCAGACUUCUGCUAAUGGCGCCAGCGUGUCCUACAUCACCUUCAGCCCUGACAGCUCCCCAGCUGCCCCUUGUGCGCCGCCAGCCUCCGCCGAGACCCCCAGUGAGCCCAGGGACAUGCUGGCCAGCGUCCCACCCUUUGUCACCUUCCACACCAUCAUCCUCGAUAUGAGUGGGGUCAGCUUUGUGGACCUGAUGGGCAUCAAAGCCCUGGGCAAGCUGAGCUCCACCUACGGGAAGAUCGGGGUGAAGGUCUUCCUGGUGAACAUCCACGCCCAGGUGUACAACGACAUCAGCCACGGAGGUGUCUUUGAAGAUGGAUGUCUAGAGCGCAAUCACGUCUUUCCCAGCAUACACGACGCGGUCCUCUUUGCCCAGGCAAAUGCCAGAGAAGCGGCCCCAGGACGUGACUUCCCAGUGGCUUCCGUGGACCCUGAAAUGUCUCUAUAUGAUUCGGAAGAGGACAGCCCCAGCUACUGGGACUUAGAGCAGGAAAUGUUCGGGAGUAUGUUUCAUGCAGAGACCCUGACUGCCCUGUGA